AUGGCCUCUACCACAUUUGAUCAAAUUCAACUUCCAACCCCGACCGACACUCCAAGAGCCAUGGAUCAAGACGAGCCUUCACCCACCUCAUAUGCUCAUAAUUCCACCACAUGGACCCCAGUCGAUACCAUGACACCAAUCUCUACAAACCCGUCCAGAAAACGGUCGCGCGACGAUACUUCAUUCGACUUUGAAACAGACGGUUCCUAUUUUACCGCUGCUGAUGCGCCCGCUCCCAUACCUGAGGAGGAGCCAAUCUAUGGAGAAGGAAUGGUUCUAAUAAAUCCAAAAACCGGAGUUUCCGUCUCGGCAGAGAGCCAGACCGGUACCUGGUACGAGGAAAAGGCAGAGAAAACAGCCUUGAUAGAAGAAAUCGCUGCAGCAAAUUUUCGUCCUAAGAUGCCGACCAGUCGCAAAUCCGUACGACUUUCCCAACAUUCAAUCCGCAUUCCUUUCGAUACCCUUGCGGGUACUGCACCCGCCAGUCCUCCAAAAACCGCAACUGAACGUCCAGAGUGUGAUGAAGCCACGAUCGCUUUGGGAAUUGGCUGGACCAAAAUCGAAUCUGAAGAUGAUGCUAUUCAAGCUGCUGCCAGAGGUUGGGCGCGGUAUCUGGAUAAUCACUACGCAAGGAACAUUCACGGUGCUCAAAUUCUGCUCAAGAGUUCAGGACUCAACGCUUAUCUCGUCGGAAGCCAAGAAGGGUAUUUCCUGUUCAGUGAAGAUUUACUAGAAGGAAAGCUGGUUGGCCGCACCUGGGAGACUUGCCUACAGAACCUCAAAUCUCAUCCAAUGGCGUUUGAAGGUGAAGAGAUUUUGAGAGCCGAGAGAACUCCAGGACCCGAAAGCGUCCAGCCUCAAUUUCCUCAUCCAGAAGCUGUACAGGCACCUAUCGAGAAUGGUUCACUGCAGCAUCCUCAAUCCAACGGUGUUGCUCAUGGCGGCAUGGAUCUGGAUUGA